AUGAAAGUGUUCGAGUUGAUAGGAGGGAUGGUCAUCCUCACCUCUGUGUUUUCAGCCUGUGCCGCACAAAGUCCAAUGACUGUGCUGUGCUCCAUAGACUGGUUCAUGGUCACCGUGCACCCCUUCAUGUUGAAUAACGAUGUAUACGUGCACUUCCAUGAGUUACACUUGGGCCUGGGCUGCCCUGCCAACCACGUUCAGCCACACGCCUACCAGUUCACCUACCGCGUUACGGAAUGUGGCAUCCGGGCCAAGGCUGUCUCUCUGGACAUGGUCAUGUACAGCACAGAGCUGCACUAUGCUUCGAAGGUGACCUCUUCGAAGUACAUGAUCCCAGUGUCCUGCACUGCUCCCCAACAGUCCCCAUGGCUUGCUCCGCCCUGCUCCGUGAGAGUAGCUGGUGGGACAGGCACCACCACCCAGCACGGUGGGGCAAGCUACGACGUGUUCACCUUGUCGCAGUCCAGCCAAAGGCCUGACUGCGACUGUCCGCCUUGUGUCUUCGGUGAAGAAGAGUGUAUCCAGGCCCCCCGGCACCAAGGGGAGGCUCAGGAGGGCCUGCUGGUGCAGCCGUCUGCCUUUGUGGAUAUUUCUGAAGACUGGUCUCUUCGCUCGGAUGAUCUCAUUGAGUCCAUGUGA